CAGCUCCCACGUGCCGAGGCGUCCGCCGCCACCCUUCUGCCGGGCGGCGCUUCCGCCGGCGUGCGGGACGGAAUCCGCAGUGGUCUGCGGGUGAUGGAGCGGCGGGCGGGCUGUAGGCUUAGGCCAUGGAUGCUGUUGCUGCUCCUGUUCCCGGUGCAGGGCCGCCAGAAGGACUCAGGCUCAAAAUGGAAAGUAUUUAUUGACCAAAUUAACAGGGCUUUGGAGAAUUAUGAACCAUGUUCAAGUCAAAACUGCAGCUGCUAUCACGGGGUCAUAGAAGAGGAUCUGACUCCUUUCAGAGGUGGAAUCUCCAGGAAGAUGAUGGCUGAGGUGGUCAGACGGAGGUUAGGAACCCACUACCAGAUCAUUAAGCACAGAUUAUUCAGGGAAGACGACUGCAUGUUUCCCUCCAGGUGUAGUGGUGUAGAACACUUUAUUUUGGAAGUGAUCCGUCGCCUCCCUGACAUGGAAAUGGUAAUCAAUGUCCGAGACUAUCCUCAGGUUCCUAAGUGGAUGGAGCCUACCAUCCCUGUCUUCUCCUUCAGUAAGACAUCGGAGUACCAUGAUAUAAUGUAUCCUGCGUGGACAUUUUGGGAAGGGGGUCCUGCUGUGUGGCCACUUUAUCCUACAGGUCUUGGGCGGUGGGACCUCUUCAGAGAAGAUCUGUUAAGGUCAGCAGCACAAUGGCCAUGGGAAAAGAAGAAUUCUACAGCAUAUUUCCGGGGAUCAAGGACAAGCCCUGAAAGAGAUCCUCUCAUUCUUCUCUCUCGGAAAAAUCCAAAACUCGUUGAUGCAGAAUACACCAAAAACCAGGCCUGGAAGUCUAUGAAAGAUACUUUGGGAAAGCCAGCCGCUAAGGAUGUGCAUCUUAUAGAUCACUGCAAAUACAAAUAUCUGUUUAAUUUCCGAGGUGUAGCUGCAAGUUUCCGGUUCAAACACCUCUUCUUGUGUGGAUCGCUGGUCUUCCAUGUUGGUGAUGAGUGGGUUGAGUUCUUCUACCCACAGCUAAAGCCCUGGGUUCACUACAUCCCAGUCAAAACAGACCUCUCCGAUGUCCAGGAGCUGUUGCAGUUUGUGAAAGCAAAUGAUGAUCUUGCUCAGGAAAUUGCUAAAAGGGGAAGCCAGUUCAUCAUAAACCAUUUGCAGAUGGAUGACAUCACUUGUUACUGGGAGAACCUCUUGACUGAAUAUUCCAAAUUCCUGUCCUAUAAUGUAACAAGAAGAAAAGAUUAUUAUCAGAUCAUUCCCAGACGUUUGAAAACUGAACUGUAGUGUCUAUCACAGGACCAGAAUCCUGACUGUGGAUCUGAGAUGCUCUGUGGUGAAAUACCAUGAUCAUGCUGCCUAUACCUUGAACACCUUUGGCCAAGCCAAACAUCCAGUUUUCCUUAUCAUGUUGAAGCCAGAGGAACUCUUGAGAAAGAUCUAGUACAUGUAUAAUGAGCAGAAAUGAAACAGCUCAGCUCUUUGAAUCAUGAAAUAAGGAUUUGGAACUGCGUUCUAUCUUUCGUUUUCUUUUGAUCACUCACAGCUUGUGCCUCAGGUCGGCUACAUCAUCACUGUGAACCUGACUGGGUCCAUGUAAGAUGCUCUUUGUCCUACUAUUUGGAGCAGACCAUCGUUUGGAACUAGUACCAUACACUAGCAACUAUGAAGUUAUUUUAGGCUUGAUCUCUAUUGCUUUAUUUUAAUGUAGAAAUCCUUUGGAGUUUGUGAAGAAAUCCCACAGCGAUCAUUUCCUCCGGAGUCUAAGGAAACAGUGGCUGUGCCAUGAGUGCCAUCGGAGGUCUCCUUUGUAAACUCAGGAGGUUUCCACAAUGCCUCAGUUGCAUGAGUAACUUCUGCAGUUGGAUUUCAAAUUUCCAUUUUGUGCCUUCAUGCCCUUUUUAUUCUCUCUAAUGGAGAAGAAGAGAAAUUUCCUAGUACAUUCAGGAAGUAGUCUCAUUAAAGAACUGUGCCCCUGCAAUGCUAGCACUUCUGAGGAAGAGGCAGGAAGAUGAGUUCGUGGCCACCCUCAGCUACACAAGAGUUCAAGGAGAGCCUGGCUACAUGAGGUCUUGUCUCAUAAACUCGAACUCACACACAUCUUUUAUUUUGCCAUCUUAAAUUAGUAGCAGCAGGACCACCUCAGUUUGCAGAGUCGUCUUCAUCUGUGAACGUCAUGAAGUGGCAAUUUGUAGAGCAUCCAUCGGCUUUUGCUUUUACUCCUGUAUUAAGUAUUAUUGGAGUACUUCCUUAUCCCCCUUCUGAAAAAGGAUGUGUGGACAAUUUAUUUCAAGUUACAGCUCCAGCAUCACCUCUGAACCUCACCCUUGAGUCGGGGCUCGGGCCGUAUUGUGUGCCAUUGUGCUGCUUCCUAGUUACUUGGCGGUUCCUCCCAUUGUUUUGUAAGCUUGUAGAUGGAUGAGAGUGAUGCUUCCCUGCUCCUGAUGUCUCCUUUAUCAGCGCAGUGCCUCGGGCAGAGUAAUCACUGAACAACUACUGGGGGAUGAGUGAGUGGGGAAUGGAUGGAUAUACUCGUCUGGCUUAACUGAAUCCUACCUUAAGUUACCCGGUUACUUGCCCCAGUGGGGAUGAGAUACAUUGUAAGAAAUGGGUCAGUACAGAUCCUCACUUGCCCUCUCAGGUAGUGAGGAGUAUCUGUUUUUAAAGACAACACAAGUUCCUCAGAUCUUACACUUACCUGUGUACCUCACUGCAGAUGGUAUGAGAAUGCUGUGUAACAGUUUGGGAAGCAUAUGCCUUUGAAAACAGUUCGUAUUCUUAUACUUGGAAGAUGUUGUUAUCAUUAAUACUAGCUCGGUCUCAAGCUUAACCAUUUGCUCCUCGAAGAUGUAUUUACUAUAGAAAAGGUUACUAUUGUUUUCAAUAUAACUAAAUAUAUGUUUUGUAAGAGUUGUA